AUGCAGUUCUCCACCAUCUUCCUUACCCUCGCCGCCGUCGCUGGCUUCGUCGCUGCCAACCCCACUGGCCAGAAGAACGGCAACUGCGCCACCGGCCAGCUCCAGUGCUGCUCGCAGGUUACCCAGGGCAAGGAGGCCGAGGAGGCCCUUGCCGGCCUUGGUCUUGCCCUCAACGAGGCCCUCACCGGUGCCAUCGGCCUCAACUGUGACUCGGUCCCCUUCCUGAUCGGUGUCACCGUCCAGGACCAGUGCAAGAACACCCCCGUCUGCUGCGAGGGCUCCGCCAACAACGGUCUCAUCCAGACCUCGUGCACUGCCCUCCCCAUCGUCUAA